CAAAGGAGGAUUUAAAGUGGAUUUAAAAGUUCAAGAACACGUGAUUUUGUGUACAAACAUAACCAUUUAUAAAGAAUAUUUAAUAACGAGGAGAGUGUUGAAUUAUUUUUUAAAAUAAAAGUAAUAAAAAAUAAAGUGUUUUGUUGUUGGGUACUUUUGAAAAAGUGCGACCAUAUCGAAAGAAGGCAGAUCCAUCUUCUUAUAAAGUUAUUACUUCUACAGCUUCUACAAGACACCGACCUUUUUCUCUUACAAUGUAGAUAUUACCUACGGUCAUCGGGAUUUUGGAUAUUCUGGAAUAAAUGGUCCAUCACAUUGGGGCGACGAUUAUCAUACAUGUGUGGGAAAGCACCAAUCUCCAAUCAAUAUAGAAGAGCAUCAAGUAAGAAAUAUGAGUUUUCCUCCUUUGAGAUUUUCUGGUCUCCAAAGUCCGCGAGGAACUGAGAUUACAAACAACGGACACACUGUUAUGCUAGUGAUGAACGCAACGGUUCCGGCUCGCAUUUCUGGGGGACCUCUUAAAAAUGGCACUUAUGUUUUUGAACAAAUGCAUUUCCACUGGGGAGAAAAUGACGCUGAGGGAUCUGAAGAUUUAAUAAAUAAUCAUUCUUUUGCUAUGGAACUUCAUGCAGUUUUCUUUAAAGAAGAAUAUAAAUCAAUGAUUGAAGCUAUUCAUCAUACUGACGGUCUCACAGUACUUGCAUACUUCUUCGAGGUUGAUGACAAACCAAAUUUGUCUUUUAAUCAAAUUAUUUCAAUUCUCCCACUUGUGGAGGAUUUAGAUUCAAAAGAUCAAUUUUCACAUCCUUUACAACUCGAAGAUUUCCUCCAGCCCAAGAAUUUGAAUUUACAGAAUUACUUUACAUACAAUGGAUCGCUUACAACUCCUCCUUGUACUGAAGCGGUCACGUGGAUUGACUUCAAAGAAGCUCUACAACUAUCUCAUAAUCAAAUUGAAGCAUUUCGAAGAAUUAGAAGUACUGCGGGGCAAAAAUUAACUCAUAAUUUUCGACCAGUUCAACCUUUGGAAGAUAGAAUAGUUUAUCAUAAUGUUCCUUCAAAUGAAUUCAAUAGAAUUCAUUAUAAUCUUCAGAAUAAUUUCAAUAGCGAAAAUCGUCAUCAACAUGUGCAUUCAGGUGAAUAUAUUGUUAAAAUAAAUCAAGCAAUUUUUUUCCUAUCCAUUAUUAUUAGUUUGCAAUUGAAACUAAGUUAAUGAAAUCUAGUUCAAAUAUUAAUAUUAAUUUAUUAAGAUUAUUAUAUUGACAAGAGACUAUUAAAUUUAAAUUGUAUGA